GGGACUGGCCGACGGAACUGUAGGAAGAAGAGGAGGCGUUUCCGGUGGGAAGAGUGGGGGAGUGGAAAUAGGAAGCGAGGCUGGGCUACGGUGAAGAGAAAGACGGGGGAAGCUUUUGAGUGUAACUCCAGUCUGUUUCGGGUUCGAUGUUCCCGGAGCGGCUGGGAUUUCCCCUUCCCGCUGGAAGCGGGAGGAGGACAAAACCCAAGGUGAUCAAGCGCCACUAGCAGGCCGCUGAGAAGCUGCAACUGCGGUACACGCCCCGGACGCCCCCGAAGUCUCUCCAGAAGGGCGGAAAUCAGGCGGUGAGACCGGUGCGGCCGAAGUCUCGCGAGAGCGACUCCCUUCGAUUUCCUUCCUUUCCCCCAGUCCUCCCGCCCCCUCCCGAGGACCCUCCCCCCUCCCCCUCCUGGGUCGUAGUGUCCCUGCGCCCCACGGGCCGGAGCGGCAGCGAGAGAAGCUUCACCCGCUCCUUCUCCCAACCCCCCCCUCACCGCCUCACUCACCCCCCCCCCUCCCGCCGGGCGAGGAGGAGCCGGAGGAGAGGAAGAUGGCGGCGGCCGCCAGCACCAGCGGUACCGCGGGGCCGCUCCGAGGAGCCUGAGAGACCCACGGACGCUUCGCGGGGAGACGCGGCGGCGGAGGAUGAGCCUGCAGAGCGCACAGUAUCUCCGGCAGGCAGAAGUCCUGAAGGCUGACAUGACAGAUUCCAAGCUGGGUCCAGCUGAGGUCUGGACAUCUAGGCAGGCUCUACAGGACCUGUACCAGAAAAUGCUAGUUACUGAUCUGGAGUAUGCUUUAGAUAAGAAAGUGGAACAGGAUCUCUGGAAUCAUGCCUUUAAGAAUCAGAUCACAACACUACAGGGCCAGGCAAAGAAUCGAGCAAACCCUAAUCGGAGUGAAGUUCAAGCAAACCUUUCUCUGUUUUUAGAGGCAGCUAGUGGCUUCUAUACGCAGUUGUUACAGGAGCUGUGCACAGUGUUUAAUGUAGAUUUACCUUGCCGUGUAAAGUCUUCCCAGUUGGGGAUUAUCAGCAAUAAACAGACGCAUACCAGCGCCAUAGUAAAGCCACAGUCUAGCUCCUGCUCGUAUAUCUGCCAGCACUGCCUCGUCCACCUUGGAGACAUCGCUCGCUAUAGAAACCAGACCAGCCAGGCAGAGUCCUACUAUAGGCAUGCAGCUCAGCUUGUCCCCUCCAAUGGUCAGCCUUACAAUCAGUUGGCUAUUUUAGCUUCUUCCAAAGGAGACCAUCUGACCACAAUUUUCUACUACUGCAGAAGCAUCGCUGUGAAGUUCCCUUUCCCAGCUGCCUCCACUAAUCUUCAAAAAGCACUUUCUAAAGCACUGGAAAGCCGGGAUGAGGUGAAAACUAGAUGGGGUGUUUCUGACUUCAUCAAAGCCUUUAUUAAAUUCCAUGGUCACGUGUAUCUGAGCAAGAGUUUAGAGAAGCUGAGCCCUCUUCGAGAGAAAUUGGAGGAACAGUUUAAGAGACUGCUAUUCCAAAAAGCAUUCAACUCUCAGCAGCUAGUUCACGUCACUGUCAUUAACCUGUUUCAACUUCAUCACCUUCGUGACUUUAGCAAUGAAACUGAACAACACAGUUACAGCCAGGAUGAGCAGCUGUGUUGGACGCAGCUACUGGCCCUCUUUAUCUCUUUUCUUGGCAUCCUGUGCAAGUGCCCUCUUCAGAAUGAAUAUCAGGAGGAAUCAUGCAGUGCAUAUCCCCUUCCUGCUGUCAAGGUCUCAAUGGAUUGGCUGAAACUUAGACCCAGUGUUUUUCAGGAGGCCGUGGUUGAUGAAAGACAGUACAUCUGGCCCUGGCUGAUCUCUCUUCUAAACAGCUUCCAGCCACAUGAAGAAGAUCUCUCCAGCACUAAUGCUACUCCACUUCCCGAAGAGUUUGAGUUACAGGGAUUCUUAGCCCUAAGACCUUCUUUCAGGAACUUAGAUUUCUCCAAAGGCCACCAGGGGAUUACAGGAGACAAAGAGGGACAGCAGUGGCGAAUUCGCCAACAGCGUUUGAUCUCUAUAGGCAAAUGGAUUGCUGAUAAUCAGCCGAGGCUGAUUCAGUGUGAAAAUGAGGUGGGGAAAUUGUUGUUUAUCACAGAGAUCCCAGAGUUAUUACUAGAAGACCCCAGUGAAGCCAAAGAGAACUUCGUCCUUCAAGAAGCCUCCCUUGUGGAGUCCCUACCUGCGGAAGGGAGCCCGGGGCUGAAAUCCGUGCUGUCUACAGGCAGAAGCGUGAGCACCAACUGCGACACCACGGAGAAACCCAUGGUCACCUUCAAGGAGAACAUUAAGCCUCGAGAGGUGAACAGAGAGCAAGGAAGAAGCUACCCACCCAAAGAGGUGAGAAGGGACUGUAGCAAAGGCAUAGCAGUUACUAAAAGUGGUGGAAAGAAGGACAACAACAAGAGGAACAAUGAGACCAAGAAAUGCACCUUAGAGAAGUUGCAGGAAGCGGGAAAGCAGAGUGUGGCAGUGCAGGUAAAAUCUCAGACUGAAUUAAGGAAGACCCCAGUGUCUGAAGCUAGAAAAACACCUGUAACUCAGACCCCAAGUCAGGCAAGCAAUUCCCAGUUCAUCCCUAUACAUCACCCAGGAGCCUUCCCUCCCCUUCCCAGCCGACCAGGGUUCCCACCCCCAGCAUAUGUUAUCCCCCCUCCUGUGGCAUUCUCUAUGGGCUCAGGUUACACCUUCCCAGCUGGUGUUUCUGUCCCAGGAACCUAUCUUCAGCCUACAGCUCACUCUCCAGCAGGAAACCAGGUGCAAGCUGGGAAACAGUCCCACAUUCCUUACAGCCAGCAACGGCCCUCUGGACCAGGGCCAAUGAACCAGGGACCUCAACAGUCACAGCCACCUUCUCAACAAUCCCUUUCAUCUUUACCAGCUCAGCCAACAGCACAGUCUACAAGCCAAUUGCAGGUCCAGGCACUGGCUCAGCAACAACAAUCUCCUACGAAAGCUGUGCAGGCUUUGGGGAAAAGCCCUCCUCAUCAUUCUGGAUUCCAACAGUAUCAGGCAGAUGCUUCCAAACAGCUGUGGAAUCCACCUCAGGUCCAAGGCACCUUAGGGAAGAUCAUGCCUGUAAAGCAGCCCUACUACCUUCAGACCCAGGACUCCCUAAAACUAUUUGAGCCGUCCUUGCAACCUCCAGUUAUGCAACAGCAGCCUCUAGAGAAAAAAAUGAAGCCUUUUACCAUGGAGCCAUAUAACCAGAAUCCCUCAGAAGUCAAGGUCCCAGAAUUCUACUGGGAUCCGACUUACAACAUGGCUGAUAAUCGAGCAGUGAUGACCCAGCAGGCGAGUGUGGACCGUCGGGGCAAAAGGCCUCCAGGCGUUUUUCCCUCCGAGCAGGAUCCUGUACCCAGGAUGCCAUUCGAGAAGUCCCUGUUGGAGAAACCCUCUGAGCUCAUGUCUCAUUCCUCUUCUUUCCUAUCCCUCACUGGCUUCUCUCUCAAUCAGGAAAGAUACCCAAAUAACAGCAUGUUCAACGAAGUAUAUGGCAAAAACCUGAGUACCAGCGCAAAAGCAGAGGUGAAUCCCUCAAUGAGCCACCAAGAAACAUCAUUGUACUCUCUCUUCGAAGGGACUCCGUGGUCUCCAUCCCUUCCUGCCAGUUCAGAUCAUUCAACACCAGCCAGCCAGUCUCCUCACUCUUCUAACCCAAGUAGUCUGCCAAGUUCUCCUCCAACACACAACCAUAAUUCUGUUCCAUUCUCCAAUUUUGGACCCAUUGGGACUCCAGAUAAUAGGGAUAGGAGGAUCGCAGAUCGUUGGAAAACAGAUAAACCAGCUAUGGGUGGAUUUGGCUUUGAUUAUCUCCCAGCAACAUCCUCAUCCUCUGAGACCAGCUGGCACCAGGCCGGUACUCCAAGUGGUACCUGGACAGGCCAUGGUCCUUCCAUGGAGGAUUCUUCUGCUGUCCUUAUGGAAAGCCUAAAGUCUAUCUGGUCCAGUUCCAUGAUGCACCCUGGACCUUCAGCCCUGGAGCAGCUGUUGAUGCAGCAAAAGCAAAAGCAGCAGCGUGGACAAGGCACCAUGAACCCACCGCACUGAGGCCAAGGUGGCAACCCUGGUGAACCAAGGCUCCAUGAACCAUGGCAUGUUGGGUUUGCAGGACUGGCCCACACAGGAACCUGCGGGUGGCAGCCCUCUUUUCUGUUUCUCGCUGUUGAGAGGGUGUAAGUGUUCCACCAGCCCGCUGAGUGUGCACGAAAUGUUCGCAGUGCAACAACAAAAAACAUCAGGAACUCUCCUGUCCCCCUGGGGCCCACCGGGAGGGAGAGAGGAACUGCUGUUUGUCUCACUCAGUUACCUGAUAUCACGCCUCUCACCUUCUCCAUCGUGCAUGUCCCCAGCCACAUGGGAAGGGAAAGCUGAGAACGAAAGGCAGAUGGGAGAAGCCAAUGGGAACUUCUCAAUCCUUUUUUCCUCUUUGGGGAAUAAAAUAGGAAUCCAUUAAUGAUUGCUUUGCUGACUGAGAAUGUAGUUGAAAUUAUUCCUUAACAUCUUUAUUAUUACUCUCAGUAGUAAAACAUCACACUGAAUUCUUCCAUACACAGAUGUGCUCGUAGUCAGUGUGUAGCAAUGAAAGCCUCGUUCACUGCUGGUGUCCGAGGUAGGUGGUGACAGGAUGGGGGGACAUAUCUCCUCAGCCAGGGGAAGUGUUUCCAAAAGGAGAGUACAUGACCUCACCUUUCACUCAGAAGGCUCUGGCUGGCCCUUUCGUGCCCUAGAGGAUCCAGCAGGAAAUGCUCUUCACUCUGUUGGUACUCUGAGCUACAAUUGGGGACACAGUGUGUGUGCUGGGGCUGUGCUGGACAAGCAGGUGACUGCUGUAGGGUUUUAAAUUAACGUUUCUGAUUCCUGUACAUUUUACAGUAGCAUAGCAAGCAAUCUCACAGAAGCCAGGCAAGUCUGUCCAUUCAUGGCCUGACCCAUUUUAAUAGGUAGUAGAAGCUUUCAGUGUGGUUUUUUUUUUUCCCGUUUUGUUUUUGUUCCCCCAUCCUAUUCACCUACCCUUCCUCCCAUCCCCCAGAUUUCUCCCUUUACCCUAUGCUGGAUGCUAGUAGAUUUUAUUCCUAAUGUACAACAUCUCACCAAGAAGCAGCAUGGGGUCCAGCAGUUGGGGGCCCACCCCAGAAGACGGUCCAGAUAGGCAGGAAGCAGCAGCAUAUGCACAGCCUACUAAGGGGCACAGGCCCCUGCACAGCGCCAGUCCCUAACCCUCCAGCUCCAGAGUGAAAUUCAAGGCACCAUGGACAUGUGUAUCUUGUGUGCACAGAAGAAAACACAGUCCAUUUGGGAAAAGGCGCAAAGAAAGGGAAAUAAACUUUUUAUUUGAUAUUUAUUAGGGGGAAAGAAGACUGGAAAUUUUCUUGUGUAGAAAAAAAAAAAGGACAACAUUUCUGUUAAGUCGUUUCCUGGAAAAGUAAUAUUUUAUGGGAAAAUUAUGGAAACAAUCUAAAUGUCCAAUUGCUGUGCUGGUGAUAAGAUUUUUUUUUCUGGGUUUUGUUUUUUUUCCUUUUUCAGAGUGUGUGAGGAUAUAUGUGUGCUUGCACACUCACACUCAACGUAGGCAUGAGGUAGUUCAGGACCUCAGAGCUGGGGCAUAGCUGCAGAGCAGAGCACAGCCAGAAGCCCAGGCAUCACUGGAGUCUGGGCAGAGGGGCAGGGUGCACAUCGCUCGUCCCUGGGAACGGUUGGAUUCCCCCGGCACUUGCAGCAUUAGCACUCUCUGAGUUUGACAUGGUGUUUUGUUGUUAUUUUCAAAAGUUCUCUAAAAGGGUAAAGCCCCUACCCCAGUGGCAGUAUGAAAUCCUCCGUGCUUCUCUCCAGCCCUUCCCUCUCUCUGCCUCUCCCUUUUCCCUCCCCCCCUGCCAACCUUACCCCAGUUUGUGUGUUUGAGCUGUGCAUCCAGGCAGCUGCAACAUUCCAGUGUUUGAAAUGUCACUGACUCUUGCACCCUAGACAAGCUAACCAGGUUCACCAUCUCACUCCCGGCAGUACCCUAUCCUAGCCACAGUCCCAUUUCUGCAUGAGAAUCUGGUGUUCGGAAUGUUUUCUGGUUCUUGGGGUGGGGCUCCCCAUCCUGCCAUACUCAUUGUGGAGUAAUGAGGAGGGGAGGGGACCCCCAGCAGAAACUGGUUUGUGUAGUAAGCUUUCUUUUGUGUUUUUGUCUGUCUGUGCAAGACAUGCAGCUGCUGAAAUCAGCUUUGCCUUUAAUUAAACCAUGUUCUCUCCAACCAGA